AGCUCAAAUGAGUUUCUUGCAUCUUUUUGGGGCACAUUCCCAAACCAAAUGGAAAAAGACGAAAACACAGACUUCCAGACUUUUAAAUAGCUGACAGCCCACAUAGAAAGAUAUGCCAAACGGGGCCUUAGUCUUAAUGCAGUAAAGCCAAUCCUAAAAGCUGAGCUGACCAAACUGAACCAAUAUAUCCAUUAAAAAAAAUGAAUAUAUAAUUACACACGGACCAUCAUUUUGCUAUUAGAUUGAAGUAAUAUUUCCACCACGGUGAAAGCAGGUUCUAGGGAACAUAGUCGCACCCAGUGACAAAUCAGCUUGGAGUGGCUUCGGAAUGGAUAAAUGGAUUGCCUUCUCCCAUGUAAAUGGUCUCACCAUCAAUGGACCAGGACAAAUCGAUGGCAGGGGUUCUUCUUGGUGGUCACACGAAUGCCAACGACCAACAGCACUACAAUUUAACGCAUGUAAUGGGCUUCGACUAAAUGGGCUACACCAUGUAAACAGCCCGAGAAAUCAUAUCUCCAUAGAGAGCUGUAGUUAUGCAACCUUGUACCAACUCCAAAUAAAUUCCCCAAAAGACAGUCCAAACACUGAUGGUAUUGACAUAUCCAAUUCCACCCAUGUUAGAAUCAUAAACUCAACCAUUUCAACGGGUGAUGACUGUAUUGCUAUUAAUUCCGGCUCCUCCUAUAUCAACAUCAGUUAUGUCAACUGUGGACCGGGUCAUGGGAUAAGUAUAGGAAGCUUGGGAGAAUUAGGAUCUUAUGCCACUGUGGAAGAAAUACAUGUGCAAUACUGCAAUUUCUUUGGAACAGAGACUGGAGCAAGGAUCAAGACAUGGCAGGGGGGAUCUGGGUAUGCUAGGAGGAUCUUCUUCUUUGAAAUCACAGUCACAGAAGUGGAUAUCCCUAUCAUCAUUGAUCAGUAUUACUGCCCCAGCGGGAAUUGCCCAAAUAAAACCUCAGCAGUUGAAGUGAGUGAUGUGACUUACAAUGGAAUUCGUGGGUCUUCAACCAAGGAAGAUGUUAUCAGUCUUUGUUGCAGCGAGACUGUUGCUUGCAGAAACAUUGUAAUGAACUUCGUUAACCUAACAUCAACAGCUCCAGGAAAAGAAGCUCGCUCCUACUGCUUAAAUGCUCAUGGAAGAUCUAUACAUACAAAUCCUCCUGUACAUUGCCUAGUAAGUAACUAUGCUAUUGCUUAA